CGUUCAUUAAAAGCAGAUGAGCUCGAGCGCAGCUGCUCUGUACCUGCAGUCCUAUAGGUGCGCCAGGACGCGCGCAGCCUGAACCAUGCGCAGACGCUCUUUUUGGGAAAUACCUUUGCAUUCUGAGUGAUGACUGAUUGCAACUGACACAGAACGAGCCCGUGAGUGACUGUUUGAUCGCUGCCAGCUGAUUUCAUGGAUACAGGAAUUGUGCGCUCUUAUCCACUGUGGAUGGACUGAUCCCACCGUCACUACGCCUCGACGGGGUUUCUCUCGCGCACACCUCGAGCUUCUCCACGUCCCGAGCGCCUCGACGCCGGUUGAUGCCGAGGAUCAUGACCAUGAACGGUGACCACCAGACGGUUGCCACGGCGCCGCUGGAUCUGCGCACCAGCGCCACCCGAGAGCGUGGGAGCGCCGGCUCUGCGAUUCCGGACUGCAAGAGUCGCGCGAGUGACGCCGCGGUGACGGGCGUCUCUCCCGCACCGCCGGCGUGCACGGGCACGGACAGGGGCGGCGCGCUGAACGGCUCCGGCGCGAGGAGCGCACCGGACGCGGCCGCCGGUGCCGCACGCAAGCGGGCGGCGGCCAAAUCUCCGCACCAGCUUCCUUUCCGAAAGCGCCCGUUUCACGCCGAGCCGGAGACGCAGAGGCGAUCGCCGGCUCCCGCGGACGGCGGAGACCGCUCGUCCCCCGCGGGUGAUACGGACCGAACGGUUCCGACCGUGGACCAUCGUCUGGAGAGAAGACCGGUGACUCCCAGGAGGUUUGAAGAGCGGGGACACGCUCUGGAAGUUUACCCUGUGCGCGUGAUGCCCUACUAUAGUCAUUACAACACGGUCCAGAUGUACUGUUGGCCUCCAGAACCAAACGCUCUGGCCCAAACCGAAAGCCUGCUGCCCAGUAUCGCUCUGGCCACGCAUCAGGAUGAAGAUGGAGACACAGCCCUCCACAUCGCCGUGGUGCAGGGGGAGGCGGCCAUGGUCUGCACGCUGAUCGACCUCCUGCUGUGGGCUCACAGGAGCCUUGACGUCUACAACAACCUCCGCCAGACUCCCCUUCAUCUGGCAGUGAUAACCCAGCAGCCGAACAUGGUGGGCGCUUUGCUGAGAGCAGGGGCAGACCCUGCUGCCUUGGAUCGCAACGGCCAAACAGCACUCCACCUCUGCUGUGAAUACAACCAGGCCCAAUGUCUGUCUGUAGCGCUCGCUCGCUCCUCAUCCCCAACCUGCCUGGAGAGCAGGAACUAUGAGGGUUUGACCGCUCUCCAUGUGGCGGUGCUGCAAGGUCACAAGGAUUUGGCCAGAAUGCUGCUGGAUGCAGGUGCAGACAUCAACGCGAUGGACAUUAAAAGUGGUCAGAGUCCUCUCAUGCAUGCUGUGGAGAGCAAUAAUGCAGACAUGGUCCACUUCCUUAUUGAGAAUGGCUGUGAUGUGAACAGCCAGUCAUACAGUGGGAACACAGCUUUGCACAACGCCUGUGGCAGAGGUCAGGUGGACACGGUGCGGCUGCUGCUGAAGAGCGGGGCUGAGAGCGGCCUGAAGAACUACCACAACGACACCCCUGUUAUGGUGGCCAAGAACAAGAAGAUAGCAGAUGUGCUGCGAGGCAGAGGUUCCAAGCCAAGAGGGCCGGACCAGCACUGUGGGUCGGGCUCACCCCAUGGCAGCAGCUUAAUGGAAAACGGGUCCCCGUCAUCGAACCACAGCCGCGGAUGUUCGCCUCCAACACCACAUGCUCCUUAUCACACCACCUCCCAGUCUCCGAAGACCCCAUCUACGCUCGUAUUUCCUUAUUACUAGUGCAGCUGUCGUCUGGUGCCACUUAAAACUACCUCUACAGGGACAUUCUGCAAGAAGACUUGAGUUCCCCCGAAGACACCCAGCAGACGGCUGCGUUGUGCGUUCGAGGACACAAACUCCAGAAGGACUUCAUCUUUUUACGAACUCGCCUUCUUUUCCUGGCGUCACAGUUCUGGCGCCCUCGAGCGCUGUGCUCACCUACUGUGGCUGAAGAGGGUCACUGUCUAAUGACUGGGAACAAACUGUACUGCUACUGUACAAGCUGCUGCACUGGUCCCCACGUACAUCCAUGCACUGUCGUCGUUGGGCCACUGUACGCAGUCAAAACUGACCGUGCGUGCUGUACACUGCCUGGAGAUGCAGUGAAUCAGACGUACAUGAGACUGACCUGCUAGAAAAUAAUAAUAAGAGACGGAGAAUGGAGGGAUAAUGUGCAUCAACUGAUCCCAGGCACGAUUGAACCUGGGCCGCUUUGACACUUUAUUCUUGUAAAAAUCGUAACCACUCUGCUUAUUGUAAGGCCAGACAUUAUAACUUGACACGCGUUUGUGUUGCGCAGUUAGCUUCCUUUCUUCCGCCACGUGAAUGUGUCCUGCCUUUUUGUUUGUGUUCAUGCGAGCAUUCUUGUGUUGUUGUAUCACUGUCUGAAGCCGUGCAUAUUUUUGUAUAAAACGUGUCCAGCACAAACA